GGAUCGAUAUUGGGUCCCAUGCUUUUCAACCUUUACGUUAACGAUCUUCAAAAUGAUUUUACCUGCAGGUGCUUCCAAUACGCCGAUGAUACAACAGUUUACCGUAGUUGUACCCCUAAAAACCUCAGUCAAUAUGUACAAGAAAUGAAUGACAACAUGCAAACUCUCGAAACUUGGGCCACAGAAUCCAAUCUCUUGUUGAAUGAAAAUAAGACUAAGCAGAUGCUCAUAAGCACUCGACAGAUGUCAAGAACUCAUAAUCUCGGAGACAUCACGCCACCUCUUACCAUAAAGAAUCAAUCCCUUGAGAGAGUUGAAAAUUUUAAAUUACUUG